AUGUCGGCGGAGACUGAGUCAAUAUCGGCGAAGCCCGAGUCGAUCUCGGUGGAGCCCGAGACGAUAGCAGCGGAGCCGACCGGCCUCUUCGUGCUUCGCUUCAUGCACCGCGGGGAGACUCUGAGGAACGGCCGCGUCCUGACGCGAUCCUGGUCCAGCUCCGACCCUGUGCCGGGCUCGCUGCUGCUCGAGAUGCUGUCCUCCGAGGAGGCGAACCUGCCUAUGCACCGGCUGGUCGCCUUCUAUUACAGCAAGGCGCUGGAAGGGUGGCAGCGGCUGAACGCGCACUCGCGUUGCCCUCUCCCAGCAGCGUGUGGCGGCAGCCCGCCGCGCAUCGAGGUAAUGCUGGAGCCUCUCGCUGCGACAAGCCACGAGGCGAUGGCUUCCGCGUCGCAGACGGCGCGCGGCUCGGUGCCACUCUCCAGCUACGCCGUGGCGGCGGCGGCGGCGGCAGCCGGCGGCUUCUUCGCCAUCGGCGUGUACAACUCGAAGUCGGCGGAGAAUGUCGGCACACUGUGGCGCUCCGCCUUCAUGCUCGGCGCGGCCUACAUCUUUACGGUGGGGAGCCGGAACGCGUGGGAGAAGGCGGCCGACACGUACAAGGCGUACGCGGACUGGGCCGCUUUCGCGUGCGCGGCGCCGUACUCGACGACUUGGGCGGGGCUCCCGUCCUCUCGAGCAAAGCGAGCGGGGUCCAGCGCCCGAGGCUGA